AUGGCGCUUUCUUUCCUUUGGAAUUUGCAAUAUGUAUGGCCCUUCUCCAAGCUGAAAUUCGACGACCUGAAAGUUUCGAAUGAGUUGGUCCAGAAACUUCAGAUUCCCGAGCAGACGAAGCAAUUCGUCUUUGCCUUGAGGGAACCCAAGUCGCAGUCCGUGAUUUACGUGCUCGCCGUGCUGAAUUUAUCCGAGCGGUCUGCCCGGGACACUGAGCGUGUGAUUAGGGAGAUUCGGCCGACUGCAGUUGUGGCACAGGUUGAUCCAUUGGGAUUUAUUGAGAUUGCGUCUGUCGAAUGUAAGCCAGGCAAUGGGGUCGACUGCACCGUGCCCACUACGGCGUUUGGUGUUCUCAGGCGUUGCUUUGUGGAUAAGCUUAAUAAGGAGAAGUACGAGAAUGUCGCUGGGGGAUUGGUUUUGCGAGAGAUCUUCGGUAUUGGCUUUCAUGGCCAUUUCUUUGCUGCCAAGAAGGCGGCACAUGAGGUUGGUUCGUCGUUUGUUAUUCUAGAGUCGCCAUUUGUAAAUUGUUCUUCCCAGGAUACUAGUCCGAGUGAAGCUGAUUGUGGGCAAAAUGUUCAAGGUUUAGUCAGUAGUUUGGCUACAGAAAGGAUGGGUUCUGGUGUUUCUUCUAGUUUGAGGAGGUUGUGUCUCUAUGAUGAUGUCCAAUCUCGGAUGGUAAGAAUUGUAUCUUCCAAUAUGGAUCCGGUGGCAUGGAUGUCGAGUCCUUCGAGUUCGGGUUCAAACUUGGUGUCAGAGAAGAUGCAACCCAUACCUGAUUACCAGGCUCCGCCAUUUGCCCAGUCCAUCUAUCCUUUACUCGUGGAUCUUUGUAAUAUUUUUACUGAUAUCCCAUCUUUCGGAAGGGCUCUUGUCCAUGCUCAACAGCUGUUUUCUGAUGUGGAUAGGGGGCAAGGUGUAGAUGGUCGAAUAGUUUCUGAAGUUUAUUCCUUUCGGAUUGCUGUUGAGGGGUUGAGGAUAGCACUGAAUACGACUGCGCGGCUGCCCAGUAACAAGAUGGGAAGCAGUCAUUCUUCGAAAAUUGAGUUUGCAGAUCUUCCAUACGUGGAAAAGGCACAAGUGCUCUUCGCGCAGGCUCUUCGGAGUCAGGCUAAAAAGUUCAAGACUAUAGUUGCUGUAGUUGAUGCCAGUGCCUUAGCGGGUCUCAGGAAGCACUGGAACACUCCCAUUCCCCCGGAAGUGAAAGAUUUGCUUGAAGAGCUUGUUACAGAUCCUGAGGUAGCCAGAGACAUAUCUAGAGGAGGCAGGAAAAGAAUGUUGUCCGAUAAACCGGUGGUGGCGGUUGGUGCUGGAGCUACGGCCAUCUUAGGAGCUUCUUCUCUGUCAAAAGUCCUUCGCGUGUCCAGGUUUAUGAAGACCUUCAAGAUUCCUGCUUCAUUUAGACUCAUGCUGUCUCCAACCCAAAGGGCACUAGCGAUGGCCUUCGGCAAGUCUCUCGGUCCCUUAAAAUUGGCGGCGGCCCCUGGACUUGCUAGUUCGGCUGCGAAAACCUCAGCCUUGAAAGCAACUGCCUCGGCUGAGAAGAUCCGCUUGGUGGCUGAGGUUGUCAUCGCCUCUGCUGAGAAAACAAGCUUAUCUGCCAUGAGAACUGCAUUCUAUGAAAUAAUGAGGAGACGGCACGUUAAGCCAGUCAGUUUCCUACCUUGGGCAACAUUCGGGUGCAGUGUUGCGACAUUCACAGGUUUACUUGUGUUUGGAGAUGGCAUCGAAUGCGCUGCCGAAUCACUUCCUGCAGCUCCCUCAAUUGCCAGUCUAGGUCGAGGAAUCCAAAGCUUACAGCAGGCAUCUCAGGCUGCUGGACAUACUAAUCGGAGCAGAAUAGAAAAAUCUAUUGAAUCUUUGAUGUGCAAGUUGAAAGAGAAAUUUCAAUAG